AGGCGCGAAGCGUCGGGAUUGGGGGUGACGCGCGUGCCGCGGCGCGGUGAUUGGCCGCGUCUCUGCCGCGUCGUUAAACCGGCUGCGCGCGGAGUGGGUUUUAGCGCAGCCGGGAGCUGUUAGACGGGGCGCGGGAGCUGUCAUGGCGCGGGUGUCGGUGCUCGGAGUCCUGGUGCUGGAGAACCCGAGCCCCUUCGGCCACCCGCUGCGCUUCCAGGUGCAGUUCGAGUGCGGAGAGGCUCUGCCGCACGACUUGGAGUGGAAAAUCAUUUAUGUGGGCUCUGCUGAGAGUGAAGAGUACGACCAAAUUCUUGACUCUGUGCUGGUGGGACCAGUUCCAGCUGGGAGGCAUAUGUUUGUAUUUGAAGCCAGUGCCCCCAACCCUGGUCUGAUCCCGGAAAGCGAUGCUGUGGGCGUUACAGUGAUACUCAUCACCUGCACUUACCUAGGUCAGGAGUUCAUCCGCAUUGGCUACUACGUCAAUAAUGAAUAUAUGGAUCCAGAACUAAGAGAAAAUCCACCCCUCAAACCAGACUUUUCUCAGCUGCAGAGGAAUAUCCUGGCAGCCAACCCUCGUGUUACUCGUUUCCACAUCAAUUGGGAUGGUCCUAGAGACCAAAUGGACAAUAUUGAAAAUGUGGAUCCAGAGCAGGAUGGCUUCUUGUCCCCUAACUGUGCCUACAUCAAGGGACUGGCCCCUUCGAUGGGUCUUCAGCCUGAGAAUUCCAUGGACUGUAUGUAAUCCAGGCGCAAGAACCUAAGGACUGGACAUAAGAGAAGGGCAGUUCAUGAAUUUUUUUCAGGAAAGCUGAAAGGAAAAUGAAUAUUGUCAGUGAGGCAACUGAAUUCCUAAGUGGCCUCUGAGUCGAAAUUUUCUGAGUCCUUCUCCUAUUGGAGUUCAACAAGAUGAUUUCCUAACUAUAAGCUUGCAGUUCUGCCAUAGGGUUUUGUGCUUGAGACCUGCACUCUCUGCUCUUGACAGCCAUCUAGUGCGGCAACUGAAUAAGGAAAAAAUCCUGUGUCCUCCCCUAUUUUAGCCAAAUUUGGAGCCCAGGAGUAAUGUCACAUUGCUCUUUUUUUCCUGGAGAGUCUAAUACAGUAGGCACCUCUAUUUCAAGAGCUUGACUUUUCCUUUACUUUUUCAGUUUUGACAGGUAAGCCUCAGGGACCUACUGCCAACGUAAUGGCUAGAUAUUGCAGCCAGGUCUUGAUGCCUCUCAUCAGGAGCUUAGAAUCGCUUUAACCCAAUUUUGCAACCAUUAUUCUGCUGCAGCACUUAGCAUCAAAGGUGACAGAAGGUUCUUACAUUAGUUGGAAGCAGAGGAGGGGGUGCUUCGUAUUUUUUUUUGGGGGGGGGAGGUCCUGUUGCUGCUUUUGCAAACUUUUGUUUUGGGCUUGCCCUAGCUUACCCAUCUUUGAAUUACUAUCCCCAAUGGUAUCUCCUGCAAGCAUGUUAAAGUGUCAUAGUUUACAAAAUCCUUCACAGGUGCUCUUGCAUGCAGGAGUAUUGAGCAUACCUUUCUCAUAAGGUCAGAUUUGUUCCUCAGGCAAUUAGAUUACUUAGUAGUCUCUUUUUACCCUUAGCAAGUUCCUAUCAAAACUCCCUCACUUCCAUUAGAAUCAUUUUUCUGUUAGGACAAUGUUUACAUCUUUGAGAUGAGAAAAGUCUUUCUGGCCUCCCUUCCAUCUGUUUCUUUCCUUUCAGUGACUGCAUGCUCUGGUACUUGGCCUGUUUUGCUCCCUGAAAUUACAGACGUGUGCUGCCUACAGGUCUUUUUAAUCAUUUUACAUUGUGGAAUUGAAGUCUAAUUAAUAAAACUUCUUGAAGAAAUUA